GGCAGUCGGUUAUUUCGCGCUAUCUUAGUUGGUACGUCUCGGUUUGCCAGAUUAUAACCGUAAACGGAGUUUUGCGGGCUUUUGUUUCAUCGACGGUUACAGUCUGUGGGCUAUGUGAUUGUGAAUAUCGGCGUAGAAAUGGAAAACUGCUAAUAUUUCUUAUAUAGAUAUUUUGUAUAGUCUAGUUCUAUUGAUAUUUGAAUCUAGUUGAUGUUUAAUGUUGGUAUAUUCAUGCGAUGUGCUGUAAAUCCCGAGGGGUCCUAUCUCGCUUGGGCCUUUUGUGGGGUCUUUUCUCUUUGGCAGCUUUACUCAUUGCCUUCAUCAGCGGUUCUUGGCUUUACACGAAAGAGCCAGUGCUUUUGCCAAAUUCGUUGAUAUCUACAAGCGUUUCAUUUAAGAUCGGUUUGUGGAGAACAUGUCCAAGCGUUAAGAAAAUUAAUGCUACAAUACACGUUCCUUCCCCUACUUGCGUGCUGGUGAAGUAUUCCGGUUGGGAAGACCUGGGGGAUCUCGGUAUAUGGACCAAUUUAGACCUUGCUCCUGUAUUUGUAUCGCGCAUGAGGUACUGUACGGUACUAUGCGCUAUGGCAGUUAUUCUUCAUAUUUUGGGAGUUCUUUGCACGAUUAUUGGUCACUGUAAUAGUGACAAUAAGACCGUCUUAGGAUGCGGCUUUCUUAUUUUGGCUGGUCUAUCCCUAGGCACCGGUUUGGUCAUCUUUGUUUCGUCUCUCUCAGAGACUCUGUUGGAAAUAUCGCAAUACCACAAAGAACCGCCAUCAGGCCCCGUCUACGACUACCGCUAUGGAUGGUGCUUUUUCACCGCAGGGCUCGCCUUCAUUAUGACCAACAUGGCGGCCCUAUUCUCCAUAUCUGGCUAUCUUAAUAGGUUCUCCACAGUUGACGAAAUGGUAAGACAAAUGGUACCCGGAGCAGAACGUAAACUUCUAGAGCAUCACCAUAUGUCCAACGAAUAUUUGGUACACCAUACAAUUCCUUCAUCUCUACAAUACGACCCUUUUCCAUCGGAUCAUUCAAAAUAUGAAGUUGAAAGUGUAUCGAUGAUGAACAAAACCCCACCUGACGUAUGUACGACUAAUAAAUGUCCUGAAUAUGGAAUGGACAAUUCCGAACAAACCUGUAUUGUUCCGAACGUAGAUGGACCAAAUCUGAGUGUAGCACAAACUCUAGCGGGACAAACAAUUCCUAUAACAAUAAAAAGUCACACUUCUACAGCUCCUUUAUCGUUAUCAAGCCUACCGAUGAAAUACGGUACUAUGCACUAUGACCAUUCGGCUAAUAGCGCCCUAAAUCAAGGAUUCUUGGGGGUGUCUGAUUUGGGAAGCUCAAGUUCAACUAGUUCCAGUGGCUACUGUGGAAGGAGCAAAACCUUGCAGCAUUCGAAAAAUAAGAAAAAAUGCUCGAAGAUAGAGACGUUUCAUGUUCCUGACACCACAUUCACAGAUUUUGGUAAACGAACUAAUGUUGAUUUCAGUUUUUCGGGAAGUGCAGUGUGACUCGUCUGGUGUUAUGUAUCGUGAAUAUAUCAACUAUUACUCAGUUUUAAUCAUUUAUUUGAUAUCUUCAUAUAAAUUAUUAGGAAAUAUUAUAGACAAGUCGGUAUAUUGAUAAUUUUUAUAUAAAACUGAGCUCCAGUACUCAUGAAACCGUUUAAGAAAUUUUAACAUCAUUCUGGUUUACUCACUUUGUUCUUGUUUCUCAAUUCUAAACAAACCUACUCGGACAUAUUUAUAGUUUUGUUGAUGUUUUAUUCAACAGAAAACCAUAUUUUCGUCUUUCUGAAUAGAGUUCCUAAAAACGUGGGACUAAUACUGAAAGAAAUAUAAGACCAGAAUUUAAAUUUUGGAAUAAUAAAAUUUGGAAUAUGAUCUGUUGCACUAUAUUUUUGAAUUAUUCACAACGUUUUAAAAUCUUUUUCUUAUUCAAUACAGCCCGGAUUCUCAGCAUUCGCUCACAUAUACAUAAAGGUAAACUGAAUCUUUUCGAUCCACAAAAUCAGAUAAAUAUUUGAUAUGGCAAAUACAGGAUGUUAUCAAAAACAGCUAUAAAUACAUGAUGAAGUCAAUAGAUAAAUUGUGUUAAGAAUUUUAUAUAAUCGUAGCGUUAAUAUUAUAUGAUGACAAAAAAUUAGUAAUAUACACGGCUAUGAAUAAUUUACGUACAAAUUGAAGCUACAAAAUAUCUCUUCUUAGUAAGAAACAGCAUGGUGAUAAUGGAAAAGAUCAUUCAUUUUUCGAAAUAAUGACUAGAAAAUUGUAUAUCAGCUAGUAUCAGUAAAAGCACACAAGGAUAUGUGAAAGGAUUUCUUUGGUUUUCAAAAUUCAAUGUAGUAAACAUAAAGUAAUUGAACAGCUAAUGAUAUAACAGAAAAUUCGUCAAAUUUUAUGGUACUUCUGAUAUUGUAGAUUUACUGUUAAUUGGCUUUCUGAGUACAGGUCCAGAUAGAAAGCAUGGAAAACUAGAUAUAAUACUAAUGACCUGAGAAUAAUUGGAAACUUCUACUGGUACCACACCGCAAAUCUUAGUAUCGAAGGAGUAAACUCAGAAAAAGUGAAAAUAACGAGAAGAGGAUGCAUAUUAUCUCUACUCCUCUUUAACUUGAACUCAAAGCGGAUAUUCCGCGAAGUCAUUUAUGAUAUAAAAAAGGUAUACAGCUAAAUGGAUACAGGCCAAACAACAUCAGAUAUGCAGAACAUACCAUUGUAUACAAAGCCUGAUGAAUAGUCUCACCAGUCAUAGUCAGCAAUACGGCCUGAAUAUCAAUGUCAAAAAGUCAAAAUUCAUGAUCAUAAGUAAAAAUAAGAUCACACGAAGCUAUCCAGUAGAUAGAGUCAAACAAUAUAAAUACCUUGGUACUAUUAUAAAUGAGGAUUGAACCAACAAGCAGAAAAUACUAAAUGCAAUUCGCUGGUAUUUAUUUGCAAUUGUUCAUGAAUAUUACUGCGAAGUAUUAAAAAUUUUCUCUUGGAUGAAUAAUAGAAAAUGUAUCUCAUUGGAAUCAUUACACUUCCAUGCCAACAACGAGGUUUUAAUGUGUACUUGUUGGUUAAGUAAAAACAGCUGUGAAAUUCUUUCAAUUCUUUCAGUUUUGCGGCAGAUUAUAAAAAUUUCCAUUUAAUUGUGCUACUGGAUUUUUGAUAAUCGUCUUUUAGAAGAAUUAAGCUCCUGCUCAAAUUGGAAUCUUCAAUGAAAACGUUCCUGAAAAGUUGCUAUGGAGAAAAAUUUUAUUUUCAACUUUCUCUCAUAAAGUAUUUAUUCCUGACAAUUUUUAAUAUCAAUUUGGAAAAUUAUUAUGAAUGUGAGUCUCAUUAACGGCAUUUCCACAAUAAAUUUUACCACUUUCUAAAUUGAAACAAGUAAAUUUUAAAACUGUUAAUCAAUCAAUCAAGAAAUACGCUCCAUAAUAUUCUGUUACAGAAAUGGUCAAGGCUAGUUAACAAUCUUUGGAACGAAGUCCAGUGAACAAAAGUACGUGCCAAUAGAUGAAAAUUAUUUUAAGGCGUAAAAACUACCCCUUAUUGUCAAGUUAAAACGUUUAGAAAUUUAUAAAAACAUUUGUAGGAUUGAAAUAAAGCUCGCACGAUAUUUUAGGAUACUAUCUAUGUUUUUCAACUCUUGGUAAAUGUAUAUCAGCCCUUAAAAACUAACCUCUCUUAUGAUAAAAUAAAAAAACAAACACAAACAAACAAUUAUAGUUCUUCAUCUUACUUAAUUUAUAUGGAAAGUGUUCUUUUUAUUGUAUUCAACUCAUAUGUUUCUUUAUAAAAAAUUUUUCACCCUUAAAAUUCAUCCCUUAUUGCAAGAGUUGAAAAAAACAUUCAUGAUCAAAAAUAUUACUGAUGUUUAAUUUUUUUGUAGUGCUUGUUUCGCAAAUAGUUAUUUUCCAUAUUUUCAUUCAUUAAAAACUACUACCGAUGUAUUUAUUGUUUUUUGUGUCACAUUUCAAUUAAAAAAAUUAAUAUACAAAAUGAAUAAAAUUUAACAAUCAUCAUUAUCACUAUCUGUAUUUUCGUCUUCAUCCUCUUCUUUAUCAAUUGUUGGAGCACUGUUCAGACAAUUUUUACCAGACCAUCCAUUCCAGGUUGAGUUACAAAAAAGUCCAAUUUUCCGGCAGCCUCAUCGCAUCCUUUUUUGUUACUGCAAAAUAUCAUUUGCUAGAGUUCUUGUGGCGUAGAACUUUUUGAAUUUUAAAGGGUUGCAAUGGACCUUCAACUUUUGUCCACCCCCCAAUCAGUGAGAUCAAUAUUUUUUUAACAGCAGAAUUUUCAAUCGUUGCCUCAUUGAAGGACUCAUAUCUCAUUUUAUCCAGAAAUACUUGCAGAUCUUUAAUGUUUGCAGCACCAUGUAACAUUAUUGAACAGUACCUACCAGCUUCUAAAAUUUCUUUAGUAUUUCUGUUAAACGUGUCUGCCAGUUCUCUUAAAUCUGGCCUUUUCCCAUUAAUUCAAAUAACUUUGUUUUAUUUUUAUUAUAGAUGAAAACGAUGCCACCUACAGGAUUUCGAAAUUGCAACUACCAAAAUUAUUUCUCAGUCUUUUUUAUACAAUAAUAAACAUCAUUAAUGAAGAUAUCAAAUGAAUAAAUUAUUCAUUAUCAAUAAUUACGCCGUUAUCCCAUACUUCAUACUAUUUAAGGGGUCGUAUUUUUGAACUGAGCGGUUUUGAUGCUGAUUUUAUAAAUAAAAAAUUUGUUGAAGCUAAGAAAUUUUAAAUUUUUGUUGGAUCCGUACAUACAUAGUUAAUAGAUAGUAGUUGAAGCAUCAAGAUUUUCUCCGAUCCAAAAUUCUUCACUCAUAUCGUAUUUGAACAAUUUCCGAUGAAUACAUACACGCACUAAUUUCAUCUUAUUCUCAUUUAUAUAAAUUAGUUCAUUUUUAUGAAAACAAAAGUUAAAUGUGGUUAUAUCAAUAAGCACAGAUCCGUCAAUUGUAGAUUAUAUAGAAGAAACACUUUCUACUGUUUUGUUUUCUGACACAGAAGGGAGACUUGAAUAGAAGUCUAUCAAAGCAAAACUUGUGAUGUCAAAUUUAGAUAAUUUCUCACUAGAUAAAAACCUGCCCGACGUUUAUUCCUUCAGUUUCUAUUAUGACCAAUUAAUGCCUAUAGAAUUAAACAGAAAGGUUAAGUGAUUUUUACUUAACUAAAAGUGAAAACCAAAAUAUUAGUUUAGUUAAUUUGGAAUUAUAAAUUGGAGAAAAAAAAUUUGCCGCGUCAUUUUGGAUUUAACAAUGCAGUGAUGGAGGUGGUGAGUAAUAGUGUUCUAAAAAAACCAUAUAUCCUGACUCCCUUGCUAUUCUUCCCUGAAAUGUUAAAUCAAUAAUUUUUCAGAUCAGCUAACUUUGAUACUUACUGCCAAUUAGAAUAAUCUAAGCUACUCGCGCUUUUUAUCUUUAUUCAAAACUGGUUUGGCUGUCCCAACAUUCAAUUAUGAUAAAACUCCCCGUAUGUUGCAGCAUUUCCAUUUUUCUUUUUGCUCAAUAUAAAUCUCUCUAACAAUCGAUUUAUACUGUAGUCACUUUUCAAGACAGCAAUUGUACCAAGUUCUUUGAAAAUAUCCAACCAAGUUUUACAAUCAGUGAUCAUUAGCUGGUUUUUUAGUAUCUUUUCCAUUCUCUUCAAAACUCUGUCUAGAGAUAUAAAUGAAUGCCCUGGUAUCAGAAAAACUAACUCAAAAGUGGAUAAAUUAUAAAGGGUAUUUUGAGACAUAACAUCAUAGUUGAGUCAUCAGUCUUACUAAAUAUGAUGAGAGGUCAGUUUAUGAAAGAAUUCUUUAUACUGCUGACUCAAUUUUUGCCUCCUAUGAACUUUAAUUAUUAAUAUCAGCUCUGAGUCGCACGUAAUACUUUAGUUGUAUUCUUGAAUAAAAUCAGAUUUACUAUUAUUGCGAUUAUUCAGAUGUAAAUUAAACGAUUUAUAGCUAAUUUUGCUACGUUUUAACUUUGUCGGCUGUUGCGAAACAAAUAAAGUAAAAAAAUAUCUAAUUAAAUUUUUCUAAAAUGUGGAUAAGGCGAAUUUUGUUUUGAUAGGCCUCAAUUAUUAUUUAUCAUAUAUUGGUUCAUGAUUCUAGAUAAUGCGUUUGAAAUUAACCAUAAUUCGAACAAUAACGGUUUUUCAAUAACAAUAAUUAAGCGGUGGUUUACUAGUUAAUUAAUGACUGUCGCCAUCUAACCUUAUAUUAUUGAAAGAUCAAAACUGCUCCCGGUUUAAAAUCAUAAUAAACACGCUAAUUUGGCGUUUUCGAGGAACAGAAUCCAUUUAAUGAUCUAUGAUUUGAAUAGUUGUUUUCAGUUCGGCUUUUCAAACUGGAUUUAUGAAUAACAGUUCCUCUUGAUAAUAAAAACAUAUCGAAUUCCAUAGGAAAAUAUAGACUCUCCCAGUUGGAGGCAGAUUAAGAUAAUUAAACUAACCUAACCCUAUAGAGCUAAUUUCUGCUUGAGUUAAAAUAACUAAAUACUGGGAUAUCUGUAGGUUAUCGAGAUACGUCCUCAAACGAAACUUGUAUAGAAUGGUUCAUUGCGUUGGAACCACUUUUUCGAUCGUCCCAAGUAAAAAAGAAAAAUGAAGCUACGCAUCAGUCACGGCUGGGACUGAUUCCAUUGCCACAAGAAGAAUACUUCGAAUAGUCCAGCGGAGCGGCAGUUAACAAACAACAUAGUUUGACGUUGUGAAAAUUAGUUCUUCUGAUAUACGCCCUAACAAAGAUAAGUUUCGAGAGACCACCUUGGAAUAGGACCAGACCUCAUCAGAGAUGGCCCACCGACCUACCAGUAAUCCUGCUGCAAAGAGAUAUAUCGAGGCACUGAAUUGCAAGUAUGAUAAGGGUAAAAUAUAGUUAGAAGGCCAUAUCGUCGAGAUAGACGAGUCCAAGAGUGAUCGUAAGAAGAUUUUUUGAAAAGGUUGACUUUAAAGGAGGCUUUAAUCUAGAUAUCUGCAAACUGAUUAAGAAUCUGAACCAUCCAUGAAGACUUACUCAUGGAAAGGUUACGUCGGCCUAAUCUUCAAAGUCAUCCACAAGUUGAAAUUUAACUUGAGGAAACUCAUGAAUAAAUUGAACAGAGGAGGAGUCAAGUUUGGUCAAGUAGCACUUGGGUGAAGGAGAUGGAGAACUAUAAACUAUUAUUUUCUACAUUUAUCAUCUAAAAAUAAGCCCUACAACAUUUCCUUUAAUCCAUAAAUCCAUUUCAAAAAAGUCUAACCGGAAGUUAUAGGUAAAACCGCAAGUACUAAUGUGUUACCUGUUUAAAUGGAUCCUAAAAUAUCGAAAAUACCAAACUAAUGUGUUUUUAUUAUGAUCCUAAGCAGAAGUAUAACCGAAAUAUCGUUUAGACAACGUAAAUAAUCUUCAAAAUAAUAUAAAAUUCAACAAUCGUGAAUGUAUCCAUUGAAAUUGAAAAUGUAUUACAAUUAAUUAUUUUGAAAAUAAAAAGAAUUGUGAUCGCUGUGAUAUUUAAGUUAUAGUUAUUAUUAGUCAUAAUAUGAGGUAUUGGUCACAUGUAUUCGAAGGUUUGUGAUUAAUCUUAAUUAUUUUAUAUUCCCAUUGAGUGAAUAAUAAAUGUUAUACAAAUUAUAAA